AUGUCAUUUUUUAGUGAAUCCAAUCUUGAUCGUAUGAUAGAGAAUCUUCUCAAUAUGAACCUUAUUCCUGAAGAUGCAUUACGUGCAUUAUGUGAUAAAGCUAAAGAAAUAUUAUUAAAUGAACCAAAUGUUAUUAAAAUUGAAUAUCCAGUUACAUCAUUUAUACGAGGAAAUCAUGAAAGUAGACAAAUUACUCAAAUAUAUGGAUUUUAUGAUGAAUGUAUGAAAAAAUAUGGAAGUAGUGAUGCAUGGCAAAUAUUAACUAACUUAUUUGAUUGUCUUCCAUUAUCUGCACUUAUUGAUCAAAGAUAUUUUUGUGUUCAUGGAGGUCUUUCUCCUUCAUUAAAAAAAGUUGAUCAAAUUUCUAUGUUAAAUAGAGUUCGUGAAGUUCCACAUGAAGGACCAAUGUGUGAUUUGUUAUGGUCUGACCCUGAAGAAAAAGCAGGAUGGGAACAAAGUCCUCGUGGGGCUGGAUUCAUUUUUGGUAAAGAUGCAUCUGAUCAAUUCAACCAAAUUAAUGGUACUGAAAUUAUUGUUAGAGCACAUCAAAUGGUUAUGGAAGGAUAUCAAUGGAAUCAUAAUAAAACUGUUGUUACUAUCUUUUCCGCUCCAAAUUAUUGUUAUAAAUGUAAUAAUUUAGCUGCAAUUAUGGAAUUAUCAGAUACUGGAGAAUAUUCAUUCUCUCAAUUUUCUCCUGCACCUUCUCAAGAUGAAUUCCCAAAUACUAAACAUGUUCCUUCUUUCUUAUUUGAAUAA